AGACGUUAAGCACAUUUUAUUUUGGAAUAACUUCUUUGACUCAAAUUAUUGGGCAAUGGACAAAGAAGUUCAAGGCGAACAAUACUUAAAAGAUAUAGAGUGUCCAGUCACAAACUGUAUAUUCUCACAUAAUCGAAAGUAUUUGUCAUCAGUAGCUGACUAUGAUGCUGUUGUAUUUCAUGUUGCUGAACCAUUUGAUGUGAGGGAUGUGCCAAAGAUAAGAAAAGAGAAUCAAAUCUACAUUAUGGCUAAUCAAGAAAGUCCAGUUCAUACAGCACACAACUUAAACCAAAACAAGAACUUUUUCAACAUGACAUUCACAUAUCGACUGGAUUCUGACAUUUUAUUUCCAUAUGCAACUAUUGCUGACAUCAAAAGUGGAGCUGUUGUUGCUCCAUCGAGAAAGGCUAUAUGGAGGGUGCCGGAAGUUGUGACAGAUCCUGAAAUUCUUAAUUUGGUGAAGUCAAAGUCGAAAUUUGCGGCUUGGUUCGUCUCCAGAUGUAAAUCAUUUUCAAAACGUGAGCUCUUAGCUGAACAGCUUCAAGAAUUUAUCGAUGUGGAUAUUUAUGGUAAAUGUGGGACUCUUUCAUGUCCAAGAGAAAAUAAGGAAAAAUGCACAGACAUGCUUAAUUCAACCUACAAAUUCUAUUUAUCAUUUGAGAACUCAAUUUGUACUGAUUACAUGACUGAGAAGGUGUUCCUGAACAUGGACAACUUUAUUGUACCAAUUUUGUACAAUGGAAUCACAGACAUGCAGCACUUCCUGCCACCACACUCAUACAUUCAUGUCAAUGAUUCGAGCAGUGUCGAAGAUCUCGUCAAUUAUCUCAAAUAUUUAGACAAAAAUCCACAAGAAUAUGCAAAUUAUUUCUGGUGGAAGAAAUAUUAUAAAAUCAACAAUAAUCCAUAUCCAAACUCAUACUGCAAUAUUUGUUUAAAAAUCAAUGAAUGGGAUUCAAUGACAGUUAGACAGCAGUACUUGGAUGUAUCAAAAUGGUACAACCAUAAAACUUGUAGGAAUAAAAGCUCAUUUUUUCAAUAA